CUGCGGUGGGCGCGCUAGAGGUCUUUUGAACUCCUUCGGCUACCGUCGCCGCGUUCUCUCUGUGCACUCUUAUUCUGCGCCUGCGCGCGGCUAGAGCACGGUCCGUUUUUCCUUUAGUCAGGAAGGACGUUGGUGUUGAGGUUGGCAUACGUAUCAAGGACAGUAACUACCAUGGCUCCCGAAGUUUUGCCAAAACCUCGGAUGCGUGGCCUUCUGGCCAGGCGUCUGCGAAAUCAUAUGGCUGUAGCAUUCGUGCUAUCCCUGGGGGUUGCAGCUUUGUAUAAGUUUCGUGUGGCUGAUCAAAGAAAGAAGGCAUACGCAGAUUUCUACAGAAACUAUGAUGUCAUGAAAGAUUUUGAGGAGAUGAGGAAGGCUGGUAUCUUUCAGAGUGUAAAGUAAUCUUGGAAUAUAAAGAAUUUCUUCAGGUUGAAUUACCUAGAAGUUUGUCACUGACUUGUGUUCGUGAACUACGACACAUGAAUAUGUGGGCUAAGAAAUAGUUCCUCUUGAUAAAUAAACAAUUAACAAAUA